CCGUGUUCAAGUUCCAGCGCUCCAUCCGAAAUCCAAAUCUAGGGUUAGGGAUGAGGGAUCGAGUGAGGAACCACCAAAAUCCCAGCUUCCGGUGCGUGCCGGCGGCGGCGGAUUCGUAGCAGCACUGCUCCGGAUCGGCAGCCACCACUAAGCUCCGGCCGCCGCAAUGGGGGCCUCGAGGGCAGCACCUCUGCGGGGGAAGCUCGGCAGCCUGCAGCUCUCCGAGGCCGAGAAGAAGGGGGUCAGGAUCACCGGCAAGCAGCAGCAGCAGCAGCCAUGCCCCUCCCCGCAGGCGAGCGGCGGCAAGAUCCAGGCGGUGGGCAAGCUGCUCUCGGAGAAGCCGGCCAUAGCGCAGCAUGUGGGGACGUCUCUGGGGGCGGUCUGGAGCCCCUCCUUCGGGGUCAAAUGCGAAGACCUCGGCCGGAAUCGGUUCCUCUUCACCUUCCGCCACGAGGCCGACAAGGAGAAGGCUCUGGAUGCCGGGCCCUGGAGCUUCGCCGGUCAUCUGUUGGUGAUGGAGGAUUUUGCGCCCGGAGCCACCACCGUGGACGAGCUCAGGUUCGACACGGUGCCUGUCUGGGUCAGGGCGUACGGCGUCCCGGCCGGGUCGAUGGGCAGGGAGACCGGGGAGCUGGUUGGUGAGCAGGUUGGGAAGGUUCUCGAGGUGGAUACAGGCGCGAAUGCCGACUCGACGGGGGCGUUGUUCAUGCGGAUCAAAGUGAGAAUGGACAUCACCAUGCCGAUUAUGAGGUUUGUAACAUGCUUUAUUCAUGAUGAUGAAGACGAUAUGAUGGCGCUUGGGGACGAUGAAAAGGAGGAGGAGAAGAUUGUCGCCUUCACAUACGAGAAUAUCCCUGACUUCUGCUAUGGCUGUGGAAUUCUUGGGCAUACAGAGAAGUCAUGUCCGACUGGAUCCACAAGAACGGGGCCCGGCAGUUUGGGCCAUGGCUAAGGACAGUUGUUAUCAACAAGGGGGCCUCAGGUGAAGAGAGGACCAGACGCUCAAAGGACAAAGCAAAAUUCUGGCCAAGUAGCAGUAUAAGCAGUAAACAGGGUAGCGAUGGGCCGUCUUGGCGGAAAGAUGUACCGGGCACAGACGACGAUCAAGGGGUCCAGAACAAAGUAGAAGAUAAAGUUUAUAAGGCUGUAAAAAGUUUGAAGCAAGGUACUUUGAAGAGGAAGAAAGGAAUCCAGCAAAAUCAAUCAAAUAUUUUGACAGAAUCAAAGAAGAGGAGGGCUCAUAUAAUGAAUGUCGAUGAGGUGAUAGCAGUAGCGAACAAGGCGAAGAUGGAAACUGAUGGGGGUGAAGAAAAAGAAGAAAAUGCUAAAUCAGAAAUGCUCAACGCCGGGCUGCUGGGACAGCCUGGCGAGUCCAAAUGAGAAUCCUAGUGUGGAACUGCCGGGGAUUGGGGAAUGGCCCGGCAGUGAGAGGUCUUUUGGAUCUCCAGGAGCAGGUUGACCCCAACAUCCUCUUAUCUGAAACUGAACUCGAUAAGAGGAGGAUGGAGAAGUUCAAGUGGAUGCUAGGAAUGGGGAACAUGAUGGUUAGAGAUUGUGAAGGAAAGAGUAGAGGAGUGGCGUUGAUACAGAAGAAAGAAGUUAAGCUGGAACUUCACAACUACUCUAGGUAUCACAUUGAUGCUAAACUAGUGGAAAAAGAUCGUUUCAAAUGGCAUUUCAAGGGCAUUUAUGGAGAUCCUGUUAGUGCUAAAAGGAGGAUAACUUGUAACUUAUUGCACAUCCUCAGUCAGCAGCUUAACCUCUCAUGGUUGUGCGCUGGCGACUUUUAACAAGAUCAUGUAUAAUCAUGAGAAGAAGGUAUAUGCUCAGUCAAAUCUGCAUAAAGAGUUGUUCUGGUUGUUGCUGAGUCAAAUGGAAAGUUUUAGAGCGGCUCUAGCAGACUGUGGAUUGAGAGAUUUGGGCUAUGUGGUGGAUAAAUACACGUGGCACAAUCAUAGGUGGUGAUUAUGGUAUAACAAAAGAUGAAGAAGCAUGUGGUUUUAAUUGGCCAAAGUUGUGGUCGCUUCCCCUUCCAAACAAGAUUCUUCACUUUUUAUGGCACCUGUCUACAGACAGUUUACCCAUGCGCAUGAAGCUUCAACACGGAGGGAUGCAUGUAGGCACUCGCUGUCCUGUUUGCUUUCAUUUGGAUGAGGAUAGCGGACAUUGCUUCAUUAAGUGUUGAGCAAAUGGUGGUGGGGUAGGCAAAAGCAGCAGCAAAAGGAAAGAUGGUCCAGGCCUCCACCGGAAAUUUUGAAAAUCAAUACGGACGGCGCUUCCUGAAAGGAACAACAAUUCUGGAGCAAGUCUCGGAUGCGUUUCAUUCGGAGGUUUUGGGUAUCUUUUAUGCCAUAAGCACAGCCAUCCAAAUGGGCUGUAAUCAAGUGAUCGAUGGUGGAAACUGACUCUGCAACUGAAGGGUGCGGUAUGCACUGAAGAAUAUGAUAUGUGGACUAUGCGAGCUAUUUUCAUAGACAUUUCCAGUUGCGUGUGGGCUUCAACGAUGUAUCAAUUGUGUCAUGUCCCCGGUCUUGUAAUACACUGUUUGCCAGUUUCCAGAUUUUCUAAAUUGCAAGCUCUUCAUGAAUUCCA